CGCAAGAAGAAGAGUGUGAGAGAGAGUGGUGUUUUGUUGCAGACUUGACGUAAGCGUCUUUUAGCCUUUCUGGGAGAUGCUUAAUGCUUUGUUGAGAACACGAAAAAAAUGCUGAAUACCUCUCGCUCCGGCCCCACACAUUGAAACUGCAACCACCUAAAAGGCCUAAGCCCUUUUUUUUUUUAAUAACCCUCUACCUCUACGGGGGUUCACAGUGUACAGCCUGAAAAUUUGUCUUUUUACAGGUAUAAAGUGGAAAUUGGCUCUUGUAUUCUUCCUUCUUCAACCCCGGAAUCUCGGCAGAUAAUUAGGACGCCUCUUAUAUCAUGUGUUGGUGUUAAUGGGUGUCUUUGUAUGGUGUCAGAAAUUGUUUGUGUUUUGGAUUUUUUCUCACUACUGAUUUGUAUCUAAGUUAAUGAUUGGUAUAGACUGUGGAUUUGCCAAGAUUUGCCUUUCUGUUGGUGAGUAAAAUGAAAUAAUUUUUGGGGUGUUUCUGUAUUCUGAGAAUCUGAGCUGUUUUGGUAAAAAAUGGGCUCUUUGAAGUGAAUACCUUUCUGGUUCUGAGGUAGAAGAAUGAAAGAUUUCACUUUUUUGUGAGAAAAAGGGAGUUGCUUUUGAACCAUUAUAUUGUAGUAGGGAAAGGACUAAAGGAGUGGUUUUUUUAGCCUUUUAGGGUUGAUUUGGAUUUGGAUUUGGAUGGUGGUUUGUUUACUUGUUAGGAAGAAAUGGAAGGAAAUAUAUCAUCAGGGAACAUGAUUCCUGGUAGUUCUUAUGGGGGUCUUGAUUUACAAGGCUCAAUGAGGGUUCAUCAUCAUCAAAAUCAUCAACAGCAUCCUGUUGGGAUUCACCCUCAUCCCAGACAGGGAUCGAUGGUUCACUCGCAGAUUCACGAGGGCUUCCCCCUGUCGAUUGGUAGCCAGAAUAUCUCGUUGAGUGAUUAUGGCAAAGGCGAGGGGGGUAAAUCUGUGAGUGAUGAUGAGGAGCCGAGCUUUACUGAGGAUGCUGGGGAUGGGGGGCACAAUGAUCAGAAUCGGGGGAAGAAGGCCCCGAUGUGGCACCGUGUGAAGUGGACUGAUCAGAUGGUUAGGUUACUCAUCACCGCUGUUUCUUACAUUGGCGAGGAGGCGUCAGCAGAAUACGGUGGGAGGAGGAAAUGCGCGAAUAUACAUAAGAAGGGGAAAUGGAAAUCGGUGUCAAAGGUCAUGGCUGAAAGGGGCCAUUUCGUUUCCCCUCAACAAUGUGAGGAUAAAUUCAACGAUCUUAACAAGAGGUACAAGAGACUGAAUGAGAUCCUCGGGAGGGGCACUUCUUGUGAGGUCGUCGAGAACCCUACCCUUUUGGAUAUGAUGGAUCACAUACCCGAGAAAGCAAAGGACGAGGUCAAAAAGAUUCUUAGCUCUAAGCACCUUCACUAUGAAGAGAUGUGUUCUUACCACAAUGGUAACCGUUUACACCUCCCUCCCGACCCCGACUUACAGCGCUCGUUGCGCUUGGCUCUUCGAACUAGAGACGAUAACGAUGACAACGAUGUGAGAAGGCCUCCACACGAUGACAAUGACGACGAUGAUCUCGAUGCUGAGCUAGACGAGCACGAUGAGUAUGAAGAGAAUCAUAAUUUGCCCGUGGACCACAGGAUGUACGGGAUUCAGGGCGGCCCUGCAAAGAAAUCGAAAAUGAACGCUUGCUUUGGAAGCUCCUCGAGCCCUCUAGACUGUAACAAAUCUUUAAGCUUUCAGCCUCAAAAUGCAAAUGCAGAAGCGAACCUAAUGUCACCCGAUGACUUGAAAGACCACAAUUUGCAGAAGCGUUGGAUGGAUCAACGGUCUCUUCAGCUCGAAGAGCAGAAGCUGCAUAUCCAAGCACAGAUGUUGGAAUUGGAGAAAGAGCGGUUUAAGUGGCAAAGGUUUAGCCAGAAGAAAAACUUUGAGUUGGAAAUGAUGAGGAUGGAGAACGAGAGGAUGAAACUCGAGAACGAACGUAUGGCGUUGGAGUUGAAGCAGAAGGAAAUGCUUGCAGACAAUAAUAGUUAAGUUUAUCAGUCUCACCAAGUUUACUUAAAACUGUAAGAACUUCUUUAUCCACCCAAUUUCCUUUGAUAUUCUGAACGGGAAAAAUAUUUAGGAUCGUAUGCUUUUCGGGACUGUGGUAGUAGCCGCAAAAACUGUCAUUUUAGCUGCUUUGCUUGUAAUAUUAAUGACUAGAGCUUUUGUAUGUGCUGCAAAAUCGUGUUUUUUUUUUCGAAUCUGCUCUGGUAUGGUACUUCCUGCUGUAUAUCUCAGAGAUCCAAAACUAUGGUCAAGAGUUGUCUUAUAUUUUCAUGAAAAGAAUCAUAACCUCUUACUUCUUUGUUGA